AUGCCAGUCAUUUCACCGUAUCCACCGGAAGACCUGUUGCAGGCAGAAAAGACCUUGAUGGCACUCGCCGAAGACCCCGAACUUUUGGACAUGUUUCGAGGGCGGUUCGGCAAGCCCUUACCUCCCCCCCCAUCGCUCGCGUCGACACAGUUCCCGUUGCCUAUUACGGCUGCUCAGCAACGUUACAACCAAAAAAGUCUGGAGCUCUACAGCAGCCACGGCAAAUCGGCCCCGUACGACCUAUUCAACACACAGGUGACCUGCUUGCGGUACGGCACCCUCGAGCCUGUUUUCAAACCUCAAGAAUGCAGUUACGGGACUCCUGUAAGGGACGAGCGAGAUGCCAAGGAAAUGGUCAAGGCUCGUUGGAUUGAGCAGGGCAUUUGGGACGAUGGAUGGAACGACAAGGGCUUCCCCAGCGGUUUCUGGAAGCACGAGAAUCGGCGCUUCGACUGGGACUUGGGCGAAAUAGUCUACGGCACGCCGAUCCAGAAGGAACCGCGUGACGUGGAAGCCUCACGCCCCUACCACCAAUUCAUCUAUCUUGUGUCCAAAGAGCGCGAAAAUAUCCGAGAGGAGCUGCGUACAUUUAGGGAUGCGCCGCCAAUGAAUUCAUCACACCCCCCGACCCGUGAACUGUCCGGCCCGGGAGAAGCGGUAAAGCCAAGCCUAUUGGACAUCAACACUCAGGCAUACGAGAGGAUCAAGGCGUGGUGGAUCAGGACCGGAAUUUGGGAUGACAGGUGGGGUGUGCUCCCGGGGAUGAAAUGGAAGCACGAGACGCCGGUUCAGGAGUUGGUCAAGGAGAUCAUAGGCGAGUAUCCCGCCAACGACGUGGUGCUUGAGCCUAAUGAGGACGAAAUGAAACUGGAGACACCGCCACCA